CUUCACAGGGUUUAGAUACCUACUAUAUCUUAUAAAAGCAAAUAAUAUUGUACAUAAUUUCCAUGUGACCUUCGACCUCUGCGACAUUAAACCUUUUAUGAUGGAUUUUACAAAAACCAAGAAACUCCUUCUGACUGCAAUAUGCAUGCUGUUAGUUAAUCACGUUCCGAAAAUAUCCGCCCAGGAAGUAGAUGUUGUGACAGGAGUAGAAGAAUCACCGCUCCCGCCUCCAACUGAAGUCUCACAAGCAUUGUAUCCGUUUGGUCGAACCCUCACUCAGGAUACUGCUAUUGUUAUGUGGAUAGGACCAGAAGAAGCUACCGCCUAUGAUGUCGUUAUCUUGAAAGCUGAGAACAAAGAACUCAUUCUUCACGAAGAAAUUGAUAACGUCCACGACGAACGAGUAAAGUUUGAGGAUUUGGAUCCGUCAACACAUUACGAAGUCAUUGUUCGAUCGGUGAGAGUCAUUUUAAACGGAACCACUGAUAGAAGCGUAGAAAGCAAACCAUAUCGAUUCAGAACACUUGAUCCAUGCAAAGGCGGAAUGAUCCACACCCCUUGCAACGCACACUGUAUUGCAUCAUGUGAAAAGCAAAAGCCAAUCUGCGAUAGAAGAUGUGUAUCUGGGUGUGCUUGCCCAAGAGAAAAUCCGUUUCUGCAUAACGGGAAAUGCAUAACAAAGAAAGAUUGUAAUACUGCUGGAGCUCCGGUAACCGAAGUCCUGUCGCGGCCGGAAGAUCUAAAGGUUCACAGAAUGAAGGAUUCCAACGACGUACUGUUUACUUGGUCUGCUGUAGAAGGCGCCGAUUUCUACACAGUUACUGUAACACUUCGAAAUGGGGAAGUUGUGAAGAAAAUAGACAAUAUAAAGAUUCCAUUUGUUAUUAUACCUGGACUCAAACCGAAAACACCAUACAGAUUCAAAGUUGUGGCGAAAUAUAUCAAGUUUUCUGGGGCAAGGACGAUUGGGAUCGGGCCUAUGCCCACACCUAAUCCUCCUACGAUAACACAAGUCUCCGAGAAUAGCUUCUACGUCUCUUGGUUGGAAUUCCCUAUGGCUAAGUCCUACAAAGUCGUCUUAUACGAUCCUGAAAACGAUGGCGAAAUGAUACGAGUGUUCAAAGAUAUGACAGAAACUUUCGUAACGAUACAAGGACUGUCGUCAGGGACAACAUACGAUGUCUCUAUUAUUGCUGUGACCUUGAUAGGAACCGAACCCGAGUCUCCCAAAUCAACGGUGAAAACUAUGGGAGAAAAAACAUCAGAAGAAGAAAUAAACGAACUAGACUACGAGAUCAUACCGAUCGUAACCACCACGGUUGCUACGACAACAACCAAACCACUUAUUCCAUCAUGUGAGGAAAGAAGAUCAGCACUCGAAGCCUUUUACGAAACCCAUCAAGGAGAAAAAGAACCAAUGCCUGAUUGUGCCAAAGACGGAAAAUACAAGGCUAUGCAAUGCCCCAAACGAUGUUAUUGUGUCGACAGGACCACCGGAACCAAAUUUCCGGGGACUGACUUUGAUGAUGAGAAGGCAGCGCAUGCACUGGAUUGUCAUAAAUAUGGUCGAUGGGACAUCGAACUGAAUGAUGUGACAGCCUCAGCCGUGGAUACAAAAACUAUAAGGGUGAAAUGGCAGAAGAAUCAACAAGCGAAGUUCUAUAUUGUCAAAGUCUACGAAGGAUUCAGCAGUGCUCUUGUUAAAUUUGUGACUGGUAUUACAAGAGCAACCACCCCGAUUGAUGGUCUUAAACGAGGACAAUCGUACGUUGUAACAGUAAUCGCCGUGAAUGCCGAAGGCGUAUCAUCUACAGAUAAAGUGAGAGGUGAAUUUGUAGUAAUGCCGUAUCUGGACCCACCGAAGAUUGUCAAACUGUCACAGCUCAAUGAUAGCAAAAUGAAGGCGACAUGGGAAAAGAACGGAGAAGCAUUGCAUUACAGAGUUGAAAUUUUUGGAAACGGAGAUAAAAAACCUCUCCUGACGUACGAAAACGUCACAGAAGACAAUGUUAUAUUUGACAUAGUAGGGCGCGAUACAUACAGAGUACGAGUGACGUCAACAGGGGUCACGACCAUACCCGGAAGCGGAAGAGAAAUUGCUGUUUCCAGUAAUCAUGCAGAAACAAUGCGAAGGCCAAGCUGUAUAGCAUCUCCUAUUGACAUUAUAUAUGUCCUAGAUGGAACAUCAAAAGUUAAUUCCCAAGAUUUCCUACAAAUGAAGGAAUUUUUCGUUGAAUUAACGAAAAGUUUGGGACCAAUAGGUACAGAUAUGAGCGACACGGAAGGAACACGAGUUGCAGUCGUGAGAACAGCCGAAUCAUCGCGGGCUAUAUUCAGAUAUCACAAGUUCAACACUAUGACCAACCUAAUUGGAGCAAUAAGAUUCGUAAGACAAACUCGAUCGGGAAGACUAAAUGUUGGUAAAAUGCUUGAAUACAUUCAUCAAUGGUUCUUCGAAUCAGUGAACAACGAUGACCAGCGUAAAGACGUGAAUACUGCUGUUGUCACCUUCAUGGGAGGUGCAUCGGACGAGAAAAACUUUGCAAAAAUUGGAGCUGAACUACGUGGAAAAACUAAUGUCAUCAGCGUGGGAAUCGAAAAUCGAAUUGGAGAUUAUGAUAUGACAAUGGCGUCGCCUAAGAACAUGAGAGUAAAGAUACCGACGUACAACGACAUUGACGAAGCCGUUGACAGAGUUAUGGAGAUUCUUUGCAACCUAAAAUAAACUUUAAUCCUCUCACAUGAUUUUUGAACCAUGUUCCAGUAAAAAAUAAAUGACAAAAGGCACCACGCCGCUCUUUGAUAUUAUUUUGCUAUAAAUACAAUGCUACAUUCGAAACAAAACUAGAUCGUUUCGUGACUAUUUUGUUUGUAUGUUUGUUUAUUUUAAUUUUAUUUUCAACCUUCAAGUUGUACAUGAAUGUACAACUUUGGUCCACGGCUCAAAUACGGCCUUCAAAAUUAUUGGACGGCUCAUAGAGUCAUUUUAGUGGUUUUCUAUCAUGCAUAUUAUGGAAUAAUGUAAUAAAUAUUUUAUGGAUAUAUAUCGAAGAUAUUUGCCCAUUAAUAAAUGUUGUCCGUAUAUAA